AUGAACAAUCCUGAAUUCCGGCAGACUCUGCACAACCUCUCUCACAAUCUCGAGAGCGCGAACCAGGCAGCUCAGGAGAAUAUCUACACCUUUACCCAACUAUAUAUCGAUCCUUGUUUGACAGGAGUCAAGUCCUGCCUGUACGAUUGUACUGCACCAUGUUUCCCCAAUCGUGAAGACAAUUUGCGCCGCCGAAGGGGCCGGUCGCGCGGUCGCGCGGAGUACAGUUUCGAUUUUUAUAAUGCUUGGGAGGACGAAGAAGCGGCGAAUGAAACUUCCUUGCGAUGGGGCGACGAUGAAUUAGACAGCCUAUUAGCAGGACGAGGGGCGCCGUCCGACCAACCAAAGAGACAGCGUGCAAUGAGCUAUGGCUCCCGAGGACGAAGGAAACCGACAAAUACUCAACCAAACUCUGACCAAGACCCUACAAUUAUUCCCGGGUCCUCAUACCUAGGUUUCUUAGAGCGAUUGCCGUGGAAACUUGGUAGUAGGAAGCUUAGAUAUCGACCAUCCGCUGCUGAUUUGCAGGAGAACCCGGGCGGAACAAAAGGAAAAGAUGGUACUACUGAGCCUUUACUGGAAGAAAGCGAAGAGGAUGACCAGGUUUGGAGAAAGGGACAUGGUAGACAGCGGAGCGAUACCACCAAUUCCCGUUCUACCACGAAUUCUCUAAGCUCAAGAGGUGAUCUGAUAAUGAGUGAUGAAGAAGACGACGCCGUCCCUCUUGACGAUGAAUUUGCUGUUGCUUUGAGUCGGCGUAUGACGAACCAAGGUAGCAGUGAAGACCAAGCAGCUGGAAAGUCGAGAAACUCAAAUGGUAAACGACCAAGGGAUUCCCUCCGGUCGAAUCGCACAAUUUCGUCCAAGUCAAUCAGAAGCCCUGCCAGUAAAAGCGAGAGAUCACUUUCGCAGAAGAGUCUGGCACCUAUCUCGCCUCUGCCCGAAAGCGAGCCUCCGACUGGCCCUACAUUACUCGACCUGAAACAACAAGAAGAGGAGAUAGAGAGGCAAGAGGAGUUAGAAAUCAAACAGAAGAGAGAUGCAGCGCAUCGACUUGCGCUCGAGAGGGGCCUUAGUUCGACAGAAGCUAAGUCUGAUCCUUCAGCCUCGGAAGACAGCACCGCCAGCACAGCUCUACGGAGCCCUACAUUCGAGCUGGAGACUGCACAGUUUCCUGAGCUGCUACCAGACCAGUCUGUCCCAGAGGCUUCCGGCAACUCUGGACCAAUUGAUGGGAAGGAUCCAACCUAG